AUGGCGUCAGGAGCGACAGAAUGUGUACAGCUCAGGAGAAACGAGACUAGCCAGCCAUGGGGAUUCCGCCUGCAGGGCGGUCGAGACGUUGGCCUGCCUUUGUUCAUUGUCCAGGUCAACCCCAAGGGUAUCGCCGGCAGAGCAGGGCUCCACAACGGCGACGCCGUCAUUCAGAUUUGUGGGACACCUGUGCACGGUUACACGCACCAGGAGGCCAAGAAUGAGCUUAUGAGAGCCGGCAACGAGGUGGACCUGUAUGUUGUCAGGAACGCUGUGGACAUCUCUGACCCGGUGGUGAAAGCCAAGUGUGGAGUGGGACAGACCAACAAGAGGGUGGAACUGGAUGAAGGCAGCAUUAACCCACACAUGAAUGAGGGCUCGCUGUUCAGAAAUGUCACCCCUAAAACUUACAAAAUUCUAGAACAGCAACUUGGCUCCUCCGAACCUCCGGCAUCUGCUCUGUCUCAGCAGCCAGCACAACAGAUGGAGCCUGUACAUGCCCAGUCAGCCCAACCCAAGCCUUCCUCCAUCUUUGACAGAAAGAAGCAGGAAAGAUCAGACUACUUGGUGGCACAAGGGCAGUCUAUUCAGAAAACCUAUGGGGAACAGUGA